GCGCGGACCUCACAGUUUCCCGGGCACUCACCGUGUGUAGUUGGCAUCUCCGCGCGUCCGGACACGCGAUCCCAGCAUCCCUGCCUGCGGGACUGUUCGUGUUCAGCUCGCGUCCUGCAGCUGUCCGAGGUGCUCCAGUUGGAGGCUGAGGUUCCCGGGCUCUGUAGCUGAGUGGGCGGCGGCACCGGCGGAGAUGCCUGGGAAGAAGGCGCGCAAGAACGCUCAACCGAGCCCCGCGCGGGCUCCAGCAGAGCUGGAAGUCGAGUGUGCUACUCAACUCAGGAGAUUUGGAGACAAACUGAACUUCCGGCAGAAACUUCUGAAUCUGAUAUCCAAACUCUUCUGCUCAGGAACCUGACUGCAUCAAAAACUUGCAUGAGGGGACUCCUUCAAAAGAGUUUUCUCAGGAGGUGCACAUUUCAUCAGUUUGAAGAAAGACUGCAUUGUAAUUGGGAGGAAUGUGAAGGUGCAUUCAUGGGUGCCCUUGGAAACGGAAGAUGGAAUACAUCAAAGUGAAUUUCUGUUCAAGAUUUCCCAGAUUAUCAUUCUUUGGGAUGAGAGAACAUUAUAAAACCACUUUGUUUAUUUUAAAGCAAGAAUGGAAGACCCUUGAAAAUAAGGAAGUAAUUAUUGACACAUUUCUUUUUUACUUAGAGAAUUGUUCUAGUGUUUUUGCUGAAGAUUACCGCUGGCCUACUGUGAAGGGAGAUGACCCGUGAUUAGACUGGGCGGCUGAGGAGAAACAGUUCAGUGCAUUGUUGUUGUUGCUGUUUUUGGUGUUUUGCUUUUCAGUGCCAACUCAGCACAUUGUAUAUGAUUCGGUUUAUACAUAUUACCUUGUUAUAAUGAAAAAAUUCAUUCUGAGAACACUGAAAUGUUACAGUCAGUGUUGAUUUCUUCGGUCACUACACAACGUAAAAUCAUUUGUUUCUUUUGCCUCAAAUUGUAUUGCUUCUGUUCAGAUGAUCUUUCAUUCAAUGUGUUCCUGUUGGGCAUUACUAGAAACUAUGGAAAACUGGAAAAUAACUUUGAAAAAAUUGGAUAGAAGUAUAGGAGGGUUACUUGGGGCCAGUAAAUCAGUAGACUGAACAUUCAAUAUAAUAAAAGAACAUGGGGAUUUUGUAUAACCAGGGAUAAUAAAAAGAAAAAAGAAGUUGAUUUUUAAUUGAUGUUUUUGAAACUUAGUAAAACAAAUAUUCAGAAGUAACUUGAUAAGAAAUGAAUGUUUCUAAAGAAGUUUCUAAAGAUUUGGAAAAUGCUCCUUGUCACAUUAGUUAGUGUGCAUCCUGCAAAAAGUGAUCUCUUAAUGUAAAUUAAGAAUAUUUUCAUAAUUGGAAUAUACUUUUCUUAAAAAAAAGGAACAGUUAGUUCUCAUCUAGAAUUGAAAGUUCCAUAUAUGCAUUGGUGAAUAUAUAUGUAUACACAUACUUACAUACUUAUAUGGGUAUCUGUAUAGAUAAUUUGUAUUAGAGUAUUAUAUAGUUUCUUAGUAGGGUCUCAAGUAAGUUUCAUUUUUUUAUCUGGGCUAUAUACAGUCCUCAAAUAAAUAAUGUCUUGAUUUUAUUUCAGCAGGAAUAAUUUUAUUUAUUUUGCCUAUUUAUAAUUAAAGUAUUUUUCUUUAGUUUGAAAAUGUGUAUUAAAGUUACAUUUUUGAGUUACAAGAGUCUUAUAACUACUUGAAUUUUUAGUUAAAAUGUCUUAAUGUAGGUUGUAGUCACUUUAGAUGGAAAAUUACCUCACAUCUGUUUUCUUCAGUAUUACUUAACAUUGUUUAUUUAGUGGUAGAGAGUUUUUUUUUUUCAGCCUAGAGGCAGCUAUCUUACCAUCUGGUAUUUAUGGUCUAAUUUGUAUUUAAACAUAUGUAACAUAUAAAAGUUGAUACUGUGGCAGUAAACUAUUAGAAGUUUUCACUGUU